CAGUCAGUAUACGUCUAACGUCUUCAGUGUCAAGGUCUCUUGGGUCUUUCUCUCCGAAGAAGUUGCGCAUAGCAGUCCGAGCCCUGGUCUGUUCCAGUUCGGUCCUACCGAGCUUCCUCGACAGUGCAGGGUAUAGUUGGAGUUCUUGAACUUGACUUUAGCGUUUGCAUCGCAGCGGCUUGUGUCCGUAGUUUCUGCACUUGGUGACUGAAUAGUUACAACACGGUGAAGCAGCAAACAAGUUUGUGAGCAGCUAGUGAUUUCGAGGACUCGACAGGACCGUAUAUCCUAAACGACGAUAGCCGUAAUCAGUUCGGUGAUUGAUAAAGUGAUUCCUCGGCAGAAGUCUCAUGGUCAAAAGUGUUCGUUUCACGCUCGGCCUCUGCAUCUCUGGAACUCGGCAACAAAUUCGCAGCUGAUACCUGUGCCUUACAGCUGGGUGUGGGUGUAUAGCGCGGAAAGGGAAGACCCCAACGACCGUAGUAAAGAGUUGUGCAACAAUACGCAAACGAGCAUGGUGAGUAAGUGAGUGAGAGCUUUCGCGUCUUUCGAGGGAAAAGUGAAAUUGUGAAACGCUGGCGCAUACCUCCGAGCGACUGUUUUGGGCUUAGCCGCGCUCGCAACUAACUCGGCGACAGAUGACGAUAAUGAUGUUAGUCAAACAUUGAGUGUCACCGGGAAACGUGAAUCGUACUGGAAGGGAAGAGUGCGUGAGUUUGGCACUUUGUUUCCGUCUUUUAUGUUUCAGUCCGUGUGAUGACGGCUACCGUGCCGAACAGUGUCUGUGUCUGAAACUGAAGUCGAUCGUUCCGUAACUAAGCGCAUUAACGUUUCAGCGCCUGCGGGACUGGUUCGAAAUUUAAGCGAAACGUGUCGAGUUUGUUUUUAUUGAGCGACAUAAAAAGUAGUGCUAAAAGUGUGCAAGUGUUCGAUCGUGCCUGGAUAUUGAACGUGAAUAUUGAACGAGAACCCAUCCAUAAUGAUACCGAUUUGUGUUAACGGUAGUGACAGUCAUCAUAGCAGUGUUCAGCAGCAUCCCGUCGGAGAAAAUCUGCAUUAUUAGCAGUAGAGCAGGUCGCAGCAUCAUCACCAUUCAUCCGUGCUGGAAAAGAAAGUCGAUCGAUUUCCUGUCGUCGCACUAGAUAAGCAAGGAGCAAACUAAAAAUAGGUCUUCUCUCCCGGUCAAGACUAAUGAAUCUUCAGCUUACGCGUGAAUAGCCGUUCACGUGAGAAAAGUGGAACGUCCGGCGCUCGCGGUACGAAGCUAACGGGUUCGGUGGAGCGCAUCGCGGAAUAGUUUUACCCUCGGGAAAGAAGUGAACCAAUCUAGGCAGAACUGCAUGCCAAUUCGGGCCGUGAAGCAAAAGUUCCAGUUUCAGAGGGCCGCCGAGCGUUGAAGUCAUCUUCAUCAUCACAUUCUGCCGCAAACACGAGCCGACAAGAUGUCCAGUAAACCGCUCCGAGGGACAGUGAGAUGGAGCCCUCAACAGCGGUAUAUCGCCUCCAGUGCCACCAAUGCCCUGCUGCUUACCUCUCUCACAGUAUUUCUGAGUAAUCUGCUCAGCCCGGCGCACGGGAACCCACUGCAUCCAUUUUCGUCGUCAUUGUCACUGGGUCGUAAUCUGCGACAUUUGCCUUGUGUGGUGCGAAGUUCUGGUGCAGAAGGAAUCUGCAUGUUUGCGAUAGAUUGUUUCAAAGCCAAUGGUACCCAUCUGGGCGUCUGUAUCGAUAAGAUCUUCUUCGGGUCCUGUUGUCAGGUGCAUGAUGACAGUUUACUGUUCAAUCACGAAAUCACGGACAACAGCAUAGACCAAAAUCAUAGUUCUGGAAUGCUGUAUCAGCAUUUUCCUUCUGUGAUGGAUAAUAGUAACAGAAAGCCUCCACUGACUGAGACACGGUUACCUACUGUAACGAUGCCUAAAAAUGUAACAAGGUACGAGCUGGUCAGCACAUCAUCCACGACAACACAUCGAACGACUGUAAACCGAAGAAACUCAACCACAACGUUAGUAACAACAACCACCAAACCAGUUUUGAAAGAUGAAAUCCCAACUUCUACUGAAUACCAGGAGUUUUCCACGUUUCAAUACGUUCAAAGCAGCAAGAAUCCAGAUCAUAGCACUACAGAAGCGAAUCGUCCAACAGCUAUCAAACCUGUUGAUAAGAAUACUUCCAGAAAGCCACCAGUCCGAAACAGUACCAAACCUUACAGGACGAGGAGACCGACACCAAAUCGGAACGGUACAAGAAGACCCAUCGUUCAGACCACAACUCCAAAGGUAACCAUCACAACACUGCCGGAAGUCAAAGUAGAUAGCACCAGUAGGGUAUCGGUAACUCGUCGUCCGACCACCACGACGGAAUCAACAUCCAGUGCCACCAACGCUUCAACCGCAAGUUCUACAACCGUUCGACGAACUACUAUAAGUUCCAGGAAGCCUACUACAACUUCUCCAGUGGAAGAAAUCCCUGUGGCGAUAAACGCUGAAAAGCCGGCUGUCUCGAUUGCACCUUUGACACGACCAACUAUUAAACGGAGGCCUACAACACAGACAACGAUAGCGGAGCCGGAAACCACAAUGGCUCCUCGACCUCGGCCAGUUCCCACUUCUGCAAUCGUAACAGUAGCGGCCACUUCAUUGGAUCAUCUAAUAGAGGAUCUCGUGACCACAACUAUUCUUCAUACUUCUUCUCCUGAAAGUACAACGCAAGCGAAUGUAACAAUUACUGUUCCCGUUACAACGAUUAGAGUAACGGAAACAGAUAAGCCCACAUCGACUGUAGCAUCGUCAACUCGCCGAUCAACGACAACUACGAAGCCCACCACCACCACUACGACUCCAGUAUCAACAACAUCGACUAGUACGACAACUGUAACCAGAAAACCAACAACUACCUCUACCACAUUAUCAAGUAGAAGACCAACUACUACAAGUGCGACGACGACGACGACGACAACUAGAAAGCCCACCACUUCAACUACCAACACGACGACAAAAAAACCGACAAGUACUACCACUACUACAACGAGGCAACCAACAACAACUUCUACCGCCACUACAACAAGGAAACCAACUACCACAACUACUGGCACUACAACAAAAUCGACUACGCCUACAACCGCCAAAAUAACCACCACAACAACCCCGAAAACAACAACCGUCGCAAGAAUUACACCCCCAGCAGAAGUCGAUUAUCGGCCAGAGACAUCCCAGACGCACCACCAGCUGGACGAGACUACUGCGGGAUUUGGUUUAGUUACCUGGACCAGCAUAGUCGACAACGGUGUUAACGAUAGACUCCAAGCAGAGCAAGCAUCAACAGGUCCUACUACUUCCAACAGUUGGAUUCUGAUUCAUACACUAACCCCCGAAGAAGUGUUCAGCACCAGUAGUAAUCAAACUAAUAAUUUAUCCAUCGAACAAUCAUCAUCCGCCACAUUGACAGAGCAUGUGUCACCAAUGCUUUCGCCGGACAUAAUUUUGCCACCCAUUGAAUCACUGCUACCCGAAGCAGCUUACAUUUACACGAUACAAGAUGAGACUAACGAUACCCAAUCCGGGUCGCUUACCUUAGACUCCCAAACUACUACCACAUCAACGACAGAGGUCACCUCCAAUGCUUCCACUGAUACAGUGGAAGAACCUUUCACAACCAUAACUAGUGCUUCGACCAUUGGUGAAAUAGCAACCGAUAUUAUCAACGCUGAUACAACGACCACAUCAACAACGACAUCAACGACGACACCAACAACAGCAAAAACCUCAUCUAGCUCAGCAACAUCCUCAUCAAGCGUAACAUCGAUGGCAACAUCAUCCCUAGCAACAUUGACGAUCCCGACGACGAUAGCAGAGAGUUCGACGAAGACCGUUGAGCCCAGUUCUACAACAGAAGGCCUGCGUGAAGUUGUCAGUAGCUCAACGGCUUACAGUACGACGAGUGGUACAACUGAGAGUACCCAAAAAACAUCUACGACUGUUACUGUUGCUGGCACCACUACAUCUCUAUCAUCAACCACUGAAAACAUGACCACAAGCGCAAGCACUGACCCAACGAAAUUGAUUAGUAGCAGCACUCUUACCGAUUCCACGACCCCACAAAUCGUUCUAACGACUACUCAACAACAGCCGAGCUCAGCUAUUCACACCAGCACUGUUUCAGUACCUGCCACCACAGAACAGGAAGCUCCAUUGGCUACCUCCAGCAGCAUACCUGAAAUUUCAGUCGAAAUAUCAGGUCCGACCUCACCCUCGUCCGAGGAAUCGUACACCACGCAAACUGCAACCGCAGAACUUUCCACCGUCGAAUACGUAACGGACAUCACGGUCGAAGAGAGCGGCUCGGUGGAGGAGGGCAGUGGUAGCGAGGAGGAAUCCGGCGAAGAGGAGGAAGAAGCUUCGUAUAGCUCGGAGAGUUAUGAAUCAACUUCCGAACUCAUCCAAUCCUCAACCCCGGAGCCAACGGAGCAGGACAAAUUUAUCAACACCACAACCGUGACGGCCGGGUCGGGGAUUGCCGUUACCACCCCGGAGAGUACCACUAUGAUAACCCUGACCACGCUCAACAUUACCGGUUCGAUGCAAUCGAUAGCGUCUAUGUUUAACAUCAGCAGCAGCACCGGCAUGCCGGUUCGGUUUCCCGAGGGCAACACUACCACUGGCGCUACCAACGCUACCACACCCGAUAGCAUCACGAUGUCGCCCGAUUUCAUUACCACCUCGACCGUACCCUCGCUGGAAGGCAUCGACUAUCGUGCCGUAUGUGGCAAACGAAUGUUCCCGGAGCCCCGAAUCGUCGGCGGAACAAAGGCAGCCUUCGGACGGUGGCCCUGGCAGAUCUCGCUGAGGCAGUGGCGAACCUCAACCUACCUGCACAAAUGUGGCGCAGCGCUGCUGAACGAAAACUGGGCCAUCACGGCGGCUCAUUGCGUAGAUAAUGUUCCCCCUUCGGAUUUGCUGCUUCGACUUGGUGAGUACGAUUUGGCACUAGAGGAGGAACCCUAUGGCUACCAGGAGCGGAGGGUGCAGAUUGUGGCCUCCCAUCCCCAGUUCGAUCCACGAACGUUCGAGUAUGAUCUGGCGCUGCUAAGGUUUUACGAACCGGUUCAGUUUCAGCCGAACAUCAUUCCAGUGUGUGUGCCGGGCGAUGACGAGAAUCACAUCGGCCGCACGGCUUUUGUGACGGGUUGGGGGCGGCUCUAUGAAGACGGUCCCCUCCCGAGUGUGCUGCAGGAAGUGACAGUACCCGUGAUCGAGAACAAAAUCUGCGAGACCAUGUAUCGGAGCGCUGGUUAUAUCGAGCACAUCCCCCACAUCUUCAUCUGUGCCGGUUGGAAGAAGGGUGGUUAUGACUCGUGUGAAGGUGAUUCCGGUGGUCCGAUGGUGAUUCAACGCAGCGACAAACGUUUCCAGCUGGCCGGCGUUAUCUCCUGGGGUAUUGGCUGUGCCGAACCCAAUCAACCCGGCGUUUACACAAGGAUAUCGGAGUUUAGGGAUUGGAUCAAUCAGAUACUGCAGUUCUAAACGGGUACGAAUGGACGAUAUCAAAUGCAUUUCUUCUUCACUAUCUCUUGUGAUACGGACAAGAAUUAAAAAUCGAGAUGAAGCGAAUUUGGUACUGCUUGUGUUUGAAUUUUUUUUAAACGGUACGAACAUACGAGCAGCGUUUAGGACUGCCCAAUUUGUUAAUUUGUUUUUAACAGACACCUAUAGUUGUCACUAGCGGUAAAUCAUUGAUCUGUCGAUGAAAUCGACUAGAAGGUGCUAAAUCGGAACGACUUCAUUCGCUUGGUGAAGAACGCAAGCAUUUCAUCGAUAGAUCGAUACAAUAGAAAAGGAAACAACAACAAAACUAAAACUCAAACUGAAGUUGUUGAAAUAUUUUAAUGAAACGCUCAAAGCAAACGGGAAAACCAGUGAACAAAAACACCUCAAAAAUCAAGAAAGCGCCCUCGUUUUAUUCUAUAAAAACGUAAACUAAUCGUGCUGAAGUAUUAAACAAGCGAACCAAUCGUAAAUUUUGAUAUCUGCGAAGUAUGUGUGAGUGUGUGCGAAUGCCGAUGUGUAUCUCUUAGACAGUUUUUUUUUCUAUGUUGUGAUAUUUGUUUGAACGAGUGAUAUAUGAAUGAAAAAGUGUUUUGCGACCGAAUGUGAUGAAUUUUUAGACAAACAAAUUCUGCAUUGAUAGAUUUUAAAUUAUUGGAAUUAUUUAUUUAUUUAUAUUCAUUAACUAAAUUAAAUUAAACCAUCAAAGCAUUUCAUCUAAACUAGAGAAAAAGCAACGUCCAAGGACUAGGAGUUUUUUUUAUUCAUACGUGAGUGCAGAAUUGGUUUUAAUUUUACUCCGCUUUUUCCGUGCGUGGAAUGCAAGUGCACAGGAAUGUUUUUUAGAAUCGAUACAAAAUACAUCGUACGAAUGCUAUUCUAAAUAGAUAUUGUUUGUAAAUAUUUAUUUGUUAAGAAAUGAUUCGAAAAAAUAUAUUUAAUUUUAUACUUUA